GCGGUCGUCUCGGCCCGGCUCGGCGCAGCCGCUGGGCUCCUUGGCUCCGCGCAGCGGCCCGCUCUCCAGCACCUCCCGCUUAUAGAAAUGGGUCGCCGGUCAUCAGACACUGAAGAAGAAAGCAGAAGCAAGAGAAAAAAGAAACAUCGUAGGCGGUCAUCUUCCAGCAGUUCUUCAGAUAGUAGAACAUACAGCCGAAAGAAAGGUGGAAGGAAAUCGAGAUCAAAGUCGAGGUCUUGGUCCAGAGAUCUUCAGCCUCGCUCACACUCUUACGAUAGAAGACGCAGGCAUCGGUCAAGCAGUAGCUCUUCUUACGGCUCUAGAAGAAAACGAAGUCGAAGUCGUUCCCGGGGUCGAGGGAAGUCUUACAGAGUUCAGAGGUCUAGGUCGAAAAGCAGAACAAGAAGGUCCAGGUCAAGACCUCGUCCACGUUCCCAUAGUCGAAGCAGUGAAAGGUCCAGUCACAGAAGAACCCGUAGUAGGUCCCGGGAUAGAGAUCGACGUAAAGGCAGAGAUAAAGAGAAGAGAGAAAAGGAUAAAGGCAAGGACAAAGAAUUACACACCAAACGUGGGGAAACUGGAAACAUCAAAGCUGGAUUAGAACAUCUGCCACCAGCAGAACAGGCCAAAGCCAGACUGCAACUAGUUCUUGAAGCUGCUGCAAAAGCUGAUGAAGCAUUGAAGGCCAAAGAAAGAAAUGAGGAAGAAGCAAAGAGAAGAAAGGAAGAAGACAGCUCAGCCUCUGACUAG